UCCUCACUCUCUCCCGCACCUAACACAUCUUUAUUUCUCCUGUACCCUAUUCUUAAACCGACUUUACCUUUGUUGCGAUUCCCAAAAAAAAAAAAACUAAAAAAAUUAAUCAAAAUCUAAAAAUAAAAAUAAUAACCGAUGGUUAUGAUGGUGUUUAUCAAAUCCCAGUUUCCAAACACAAACAGAAAACCCUAAAAAACCGAACGUUCUCUUUUCCCUCUUCGCUUUUUCUCCCUCCCUUUCUUUCUUCGCAACUCCCAAAUCAACCCAAUCUCUCUCUUCCACUUCACUCUCCUUCGUCAGAUCCGUCAGAUCUGUAACCCUCCUAGCUCUGCUCCUCGCAAAUCCACACGAUUUCACUUCCAGAUCUAUUUCACGCGCCUCCAACCUGACUGCACGCGCCGCUGGUAUGGUUGUGAACGGAAGGCCUUUAAAGAGAAUGAAGAGGAGAGUCACCGCUGAUCUCUGCGAUUUUCUUACCUUCCCUUCCGGCUUUGAACCUCCCCGGGGACCUUUCAGGACUAACGUCAAGGCCUUUUUGAUGGAGCAUGCACUGUUCCCGCCGCCAACCUCGCUCUUCCCUCAUCUAAUGACCUGGCAGAUCUCCUUUCGAGUCGGCGAUCUGAAGGAAGGCCUCGAUUCGGCCCCUGCAGUUGCCUGUUUGGAUAUCGUUGAGGAGGAUGUCGCUAAAUCCAGAUCCGUGUACUGCGACCAGUGCCGAGUCGUUGGUGAGUUCACUCACCCCGAGUCAGUUGACGUCGAGUCAUUGCAAAAUUUUUUUCUUUCCGGUUUUUCUCCGGUUGCCAGUCGCUUAGGGCGGGAAAUCCAACGCUUCUGUCCUUUUUUUUAAUCCUUUUCCCGAAAAUCGAAAAAUUAAAAUGUCGCGUGUAAAUGAUUGUUUAUCUCAUGAGAUGGAGCGGGCGUCAUAAAUGAACACUUGUUGUUUUUUUGUUUGAUGGUUUCUUGUUAGAAGCUGGAGCUUGGAAAGACCCACAUAUCUUGGUAGGAAUACGGACAACGAGACAGCUAAAUAAACAAAAUGAGACGGUAAACAAGUGUGAGAAGUAGUGUUAUAUCGUGAGAAAACGGGGACGAAUUGGAACGGCUGUUACUUGUAGGCGUGGCUAAUGUGGGGCCCAGCCGACACUGACAUGUAAUUAGUGGAGGAUGCACGAGGCACUUGCACUGAUUUGAUUUGUUUAUUUAUUUUUGGUGGCAACCACUUUCAUCUUUGUCUUUUUGCGGUGGCAUAUUUGUGAUUUGGAUCGAGAUGCGUCCUUCUUAUAUUGUGGGAACGGACUUUCAUGAUGUUUGGCUUGCUUUGCUGUCAUGGGUUUCCUUGUAGUAUUGUCUAACCUAUGCGCUUUUGCCAAGUCACCUAUACCUUAUUACCUCUCUUAUUGGUGGAUAAUCUUUGUUUAAUAAAAUAAUUGCAUUGCACUGCAUUUUAGUUGAGCCUCUUCAUGUUUUGGAGUCGGUAAAGAUGGCCUAAUGGUAUCAAUAUUCACUUUCAUUAACAAAAGAAACACUUAAUUAGCUGUUUAAUGCUGUCCAGUUGAGUUAAUCUUUUAUAUGUAUUGCCACCGGCAAUGUGGGACGCCAAUGAAUUUCUCAGGAUGGAGUGGGCACCCCGUAUGCUGCAAACGUUACCAUUUUAUCAUCAAGGCUGAUGGUAAUUCCAUUGGUGGUUAUCACAAACCGUGCACAUGCUGUGGAGAUGUCCUGCAUAUCUCAGAAUUGAGAUGUAAGACAUGCAACCAUGUGACGACUACGGAUGAUGUUGAAGAUUGGAUAUAUCAUCAGUUAGAAGACACCACUCAUCUUUUACACGGCGUUGUCCAUUCAAAUGGCUAUGGUCACCUUCUUAGGGUCAAUGGCAGAGAAGGGGGCUCCAAGAUCCUUUCUGGAUGUCAUAUCAUGGACUUUUGGGAUCGUUUAUGUAAGACUCUUGGAGUCAGAAAGGUCAGUGUUAUGGAUGUGUCGAAGAAGUAUGGAUUGGAUUACAGGCUUCUUCAUGCUAUAACCAAAGGCCGUCCGUGGUAUGGUGACUGGGGUUAUGAAUUCGGUGCUGGUAGUUUUGCUUUGACCCUUGAUGCUUAUAAGUCGGCUGUUGAAACUCUCUCCAGCAUACCCUUGUCCAUAUUUCUUUCUCAAGGGCGGAAGCCACGCACUCGCUUGCAGGAUAUAAUCUCAUUUUACCAAUCUUUGUCGGACCAUGAGCUUGUAAAUACAAGAGAUCUCUUCUGUUAUUUGAUAAGUUUGAUCCAAAAUGCUCACAAGUCUCCAUCAAGGGUUGAGGAUUCUACCAGCAAGAAGCGUCGUUCUUGCACAGGGAUUUCUCCUUCAUGGAGUAAGGCUGAUGUUGAACAUGUUGAAGAAGCCAUGUUCAGAGUUCUUCGGGCCGUCUCUGGGUCCAACUGGGUAAGUUGGCGUGCGCUGAGAGGUGCUGUUUGCAAAGUGGCUCCCCCCGAGCUCCUUGAUCAUUGCCUUAAGGAACUUGGGGGGAAAGCGGCAGCUGAUGGAAUGAUUGUUGGUACCCGAUGCAAUCCUGAUUCAGGCUCUUUUGAGUACAGGCUUGAGCCUGGAAAUCCUCCUUCAAAUGUUGUCAACAUUGGCAUUGGUUCUUCUAUAAUUACCUGCCCAUCUGAAGAAAAUCUCAUGCAAGACCUGAGAUUUCUUUAUGAAUGCUUGCUACACCCUAGGACCAUGGUGAGUUACGGAACUGAAGCCACAAGGGAUCUUGCUAUUGGUUCAGCUGAAAAGCUUCUCGACUGCAAACAGUUUGUGAAAGAGUACAUGGCUGAGAAGGUAUCACAAAUUACUAACCCACCUGUUAUAUGCAUCUCAUGUGAUGUGGAAAUAAUGGAUCAGACAGAAGAAAAUGCUCCAAACUACCCGCCAGAACUAGUUGUCUUGCCCCCAAAUGCUACUGUUUCUGACCUCAAGCUUGAAGCAUCAAGGGCAUUUCAAGAAGUUUAUUUGAUGUUCAAAAAAUUCCAUGCUGAAGAGCUUCUUGGCUGUAGCGGUGUUGACGAUUCCACCCAGGUCAAACUCUUGUUAGGGUCAACUGAAUUUGUUAGACUACGGGGGAGAUGCCUUGGGAAAAAUGGUCUUUGCAAAUUUAGAAUGGAGAGAGGAAUUGAGAGAUGGACUGUUGAUUGCAAUUGUGGUGCUAAGGAUGAUGAUGGAGAGAGAAUGUUGGCUUGUGAUGUGUGUGGUGUGUGGCAGCACACAAGGUGUUCUGGUAUUCCCGACUCUGAUUCUGUGCCUGCUAAGUUUGUUUGCCAUCGAUGUAGAGCUUCUGGCCAAGUGACCAACUCUAGUGGGUAGUGGAAGGAUGAAACACACUGAUUCUGUUGGUGGCAAUGGCAGCAGCUUUGGAAAGAGCGUGUCAAAUCUGUAUGGUGUCUUUUUGGAGUUUUUAGCGCAAAGUGCAUUUGUACAUAAGAAACAAGCCUAGAAAGUGCAUCAAUGCAGUUGGUCUCUCUUUCCAAUUUUCA